GGAUGCAAUUUUGUUUAUUCCCGGAAAUGCAAGCUUUCGAUUGGUCGAAUCUUUUGGCGCGAGCCUCCAGCGCCUCUAUCGGAACGCCAUUCAAGGUUUCCUGCACGGCGUAGAGCGGCCAACUAACAUCAUUUUCGUGCUUCGACGUACUGAUUUUAUCACACCUAAAGAUGUCUGACGACGGUACUGUUAUUACCAAAAGAGGGCGGAAAGCAGCCGAAAAGACUGAAAAAGCAGAGAAGCCUGAGAAAGCUGAGAAAGUCGAGAAAGCCGAAACUAAGAAGAGGAAAGCUAAAGACACAAAAGAAGAAUCAAAUGACGUAUCCCCAGCGAAAAGAGGAAGGGGCAGGCCAAAGGGCAGCACCAAAAAGAAGGCAGUAGCCAAGCCAAAAUCAAAAGGAACUUCAGGACCAGGAAGGAGGGGACGACCAAAGAAGGAAGCCCCAAAAGACUCAGAAGAAGAUGAAGAGGACGAAGAAGAAGCGGCUGCCGAAGAGGAAGAAGAUGACGAAUAAAUAAUUUUAGUUUUACACAUAAGAUAUCAUCCAUUGUUUUUCUUCCAUCAUUUUAUUUCGUACUACAAAUUCAAUUUGAUGUUCCGUGCCAUCAUCGUUUUUAUUUUUCAUUUCAUGUGCGUGUCCCCAUCGAGGUCAUAGUUCGGUUCUCAAAUUAUUUAAAAAAAAAGGACUUCAGUUCACUCUGCGAGUUUUAUAUGUAUUAUAAAUUAUUCAAAUAUCAUAGUGUGGCGUGUUGUGUCUCUAUGAAACAUUAACUUGAACACUGAAUAAAUCUUUAAAUAAUAUUUAA